AUGAAGACCAUAUGGGAUAACUUUUCCAUACUCAAUUCAACUCUCGCAAUCUCGUUAAAAAACCUUGCAUCCAACACCAACAAGAAACCUGUACCUUUUGUACCAUAUAGCACGACACUUAGCACUACUUCAUAUCUUCUUCGAUUGCGUUGGAUAAAGAUUAGCUCGCUAGGAGUGCAUGACCAUUCAUUGUUCCCACUUUUGUAUGAAAAUAAUCCGUCGGGUUUUCGAUCGAGAUCGAGCUUUAGUAUUGCGUCUAGGAAUCGGCUAUUGGAUUUAGAAGUGUUUCCGCCUGGAAUUUAG